AUGGCCUCCUUAAUGCUUAGUGGUGCUGAAAAUACAAAGCUGAUUAAUAGCAUAGUUCCCUCUGGAUUAGGUUCUGUGAGUCUUAACUUUCACAAAAAGUGCUUCUUUAAAAAAAAUGCAGUUUCAUAUGGUAACAAACACAGGUCAACAAACUUGACACUGCGAUGCAGCAGCGUUUCAUCGACAAGGCCUUCUUCUCAGCCUAGAUUCAUCCAACACAAGAAAGAAGCAUUUUGGUUUUACAGGUUUUUGUCUAUUGUGUAUGAUCAUAUAAUAAAUCCAGGUCAUUGGACUGAAGACAUGAGAGAUGAAGCACUUGAGCCUGCUGAUCUUAACGACCGGAGAAUGCGAGUUGUGGAUGUUGGGGGAGGAACUGGAUUCACUACUCUUGGUAUAGUGAAACAUGUUGAUGCUAAAAAUGUUACAAUUCUUGAUCAGUCUCCUCAUCAAUUGGCUAAGACUAAGCAGAAGGAAGCAUUGAAAGAAUGUAAGAUAGUUGAAGGUGAUGCAGAAGAGCUUCCGUUUCCAACUGAUUAUGCCGACCGAUAUGUUUCUGCUGGAAGUAUUGAAUACUGGCCGGAUCCGCAGCGUGGCAUUAAGGAAGCAUACAGAGUGCUAAAAAUUGGAGGCAAAGCAUGCAUUAUAGGUCCUGUAUACCCAACUUUUUGGUUGUCUCAGUUCUUUGCAGACAUGUGGAUGCUCUUCCCUAAGGAGGAAGAGUAUAUUGAAUGGUUUAAAAAGGCUGGUUUCAAAGAUAUCAAGCUUAAAAGGAUAGGUCCAAAAUGGUAUCGUGGUGUACGGCGGCACGGCCUAAUCAUGGGUUGUUCUGUUACUGGUGUCAAGCCUUUAUCAGGUGACUCUCCCCUUGAGCUUGGUCCUAAGGUAGAGGAUGUAGAGAAGCCUGUAAAUCCGUUGGUGUUUCUCUCAAGGCUCAUUAUUGGUGCAAUUGCAGCCACUUACUAUGUACUAGUUCCAAUUUACAUGUGGAUCAAGGACCGAAUUGUUCCAAAGGGCGAGCCUAUUUAA